AUGCGGUCUUCUCAGUAUAUCCCUUUUCUCUUGCCUUUCGCGAUAGCUUGGCCGUAUACAAAGCAUCAGGGCUACGGGACUUCCUCGACUCAGCUUCACGAGAAUCUCCAGGAUGCGUGGUAUACUAAGUAUACCAAGGACAACCGAAGUGAAGUGAACACACUAUCAACGAAGAACAGACUCGUGACACCCAAUGACCCCACGAGUGUCUAUAGCUGCGUCGGACCAAAGGCCGAGGACUUCCCUGGGCAAGACGAAUGGCUGACUUUCGAUCAACUCUGGGAAAUCAACGAGCCCGUCAUCGAAAAAGCGAACAGAGCCUCCACUUAUAAUGAUGACCUCCAGGCCGCCAUCAAGGAAGUUGCUUCCGAUAGCAAAGUCGACGCACGCUUGAUCCUGGCUCUUAUCAUGCAGGAAUCGAGCGGCAACGUCACUAUCCACUGCACCGAGUCCACCGCCUGCGGGCUUAUGCAACACCGCGGCUCCCACCCCUUCUCCCCUUCCUCUCCCAAAUCUGGCAUCAAAAGCAUGAUUGAAGAUGGAGUCUACGGUACGCCCCAGGUCCCGGGCUUCCUGUCUUACUUUAACUGCGACGCCUCAACCCCUGCCCCUUCGGAACUGACCUGGGUCAAUACCCAGCUUAUCAAGGGGAAUCCGUAUGCUGCUGCUCACGUGUAUAAUACGGGGCAUAUUGAUGACGAUACACUGUCAACUGACAGAGGAAAGAGCAACUACUAUGCUCACGAUAUCUUGAGCAGACUUCAAGGUUGGAACGGGUGGAGAGGGGGAUGCGAGAAGAGCAGGGGGUGUGAUGGGCUGGGUUUUGAGGAUAGGAAUUGCUGGUGA